AAUAUCGUUGGCAACUUGGCACGACGCACAGCUAGGUAGACAUGAAAGGGGCGUCUGAGUGGCGCGUAACCCGAGCGCCGGUGGAGGCGUCGGCCCUGGAGUGGCACCAAAGGAGCGUUUGAUAGCUUUUGGCACGAUGCUGGACGACAGCCCUUGUUCCCUUUGAAAAGGAGCUGCCAGUCACCACGGAGGAGAAAGCAUGUUAUUAAGGGCCACCAAAUGGGGGGGCCCUGCGGCGGCCCGACAUCUGAUCUGCUCCCUCCGCCCUGCUUGGCCUCCCUCCGGCCCUGGUGUUCUUUUGUGCCACCGUUUCCUAUCCGUCAGUGCCCACCAGGUGCCCGACGACGACGACGAUGGAACCCAGGCUGGGCGUUCGCAUGCUCCGACAUGGGGAAUAAGCAAACUGUCUUUACUGCGAGGCAGCUGGACGCCUACCAGGACUGUACAUAUUUUACAAGGAAAGAAAUUCUCCGACUCUUCCACCGCUAUCACGAUCUGGCGCCGCAACUCGUUCCGCUCGACUACACCGAGCAGCCAGAUGUGAAGCUACCGUAUGAGCUGAUUGGCAGCAUGCCCGAGCUGAAGGACAACCCGUUCCGCCAGAGGAUCGCCGAGGUUUUUUCCGAGGAUGGUCAAGGAAACAUGACGCUGGACGAUUUCCUGGACAUGUUCUCGGUUCUGAGCGAAAUGGCACCGAGGGAUCUCAAGGCUCACUACGCUUUUAAGAUUUACGAUUUCAACAACGACGACUUUAUUUGCAAGUCAGACCUGGAGAAGACGUUGAACAAAUUGACGCGCAACGAGCUGACAGAGGACGAGGUGCGCAUGGUGUGCGAGAAGGUGCUGGACGAGGCCGACAUGGACAACGACGGCCGGCUGUCGCUGGAGGACUUCCAGCACAUGAUUGUCCGGGCACCGGACUUCCUCAGCACCUUCCACAUCAGAAUAUAAGGAAAUACUGACAAAUGUCCGAAUUGGAGGAGUCCUCACAUCUCUGCUCGAGGAUUUUUCAGAUGGAAAUAGAUCUACAGUGUAGGAUUUGGGUUUUUGAUCUACAAGAGAGCCUGUUCCACCUGACUAUAAAAGAAAAAUGGGCCAGAAGGUUCUCUGGCAGAUUAUGUUAGUCAUGUUAUGAAAGUGAUCACAGUCAAUUGCGAGAAAGACAAAUGGCCUUGACUGACUUUCCACAGACUCUCAGGCACAACGAGGAAGUAAUGAAGCAUUUAAGUUUACUUUUUUUUUUUAAUUCAUCCCAAAAAAAGUAGACCUCUGAAAAAAAAUGCAGAUACACAUCUUCUCUACUAGUAGAGUAGAAAAUACAGUACAAUAAGUAGAUCUCUGAAUAGAAUAUUAUACAUGUCACAAUGUAUUUGAAAUGUAUGUGAAAA